AGCACUCAGACAGCCAGGUUACAAAGAUAGAAAGAAGGAGAAAGACUGACUGAAGCACUUAAGCUUCAGCUGGGAGUUCAGGAGGGAUUUUUUUUUUUUUCUUUUUUUUGCUUUCAGAUGUUGGAGAGGAGGCUGAAAACCAGAAUGUACACAAGGAGGAGAUAACAACAGAGUGACAAGGUUGUUUACGCAGUGAUUGUGGGCCUGACAAUCCAGCAGGAAGGGAAUUUGCAUGGCUGGAAUUUAUGGUGUAUAAAAGCAAAUCAACUGUGAAUGUCUGACAAAGGAGUGGGACCGAGAGCCGGCUGAGAGAGGAGCUGCAGGAGACAGGACCUCAGGGAGAACCACUGUACUGGCCUCGCUCGAGCAGUCAAAAUUUUGGCCUCUGGUUCUUGAUUUAUUUGAGUGAACCUUUGACAGCGUCAGUCAUGUCAAAAGAAGAAGACCUCACCUACACCAAAGCCAUUGAAAAGGCCAGCGCCUCCCUCACCCGGUUCCCUCUGAUCCCGGUCAGAGGAGUUCCUCUCAUGAGCUGCAUCGCCGAGAACUGGGACCCCAUCUGGGCUUUUCGACCUGACCCCUCCGACCUCCUCAUCGCCACCUACCCCAAAGCAGGAACCACAUGGACCCAGGAGAUAGUUGACCUGCUUCUUCACAAUGGAGAUGCCGAGGCCUGCAAACGAGCCCCCACACCCGUCCGCAGUCCUUUCCUAGAGAUCAUGUCCCCACCACCCAUCCCCUCAGGUCUUGACCUUCUGAAGAACAUGGAUCCACCUAGAAUUAUAAAGACACACCUUCCUUUUCAGUUGGUGCCAACUGGGUUUUGGGAAAACAAGUGCAAGACAAUCUACGUGGCACGCAAUGCCAAAGACAACCUGGUGAGCUACUACCACUUCGAUUGUAUGAACCUGACCCAGCCUGAGCCAGGACCCUGGGAUGGAUACAUCCCUAAGUUCAUGCGAGGAGAGUUGUCAUGGGGUUCCUGGUAUGACCAUGUGAAAGGUUUCUGGGCGGAGAGAGAGAGGAAGAAUAUCCUUUACCUCUUCUAUGAGGACAUGAAAGAGAAUCCCCGGCGUGAAGUGGAGCGCAUCAUGAGGUACCUGGACUUGUCGCUCUCUGAUGAGGUCAUCAGCCGAAUUGUGGAGCUCACGUCCUUCAAGAACAUGAAGGAGAACCCGAUGGCCAACUACUCCUUCAUCCCAGCACCUGUUUUUGACCACUCCAUCUCUCCCUUUAUGAGAAAAGGUGUAGUGGGUGAUUGGGCAAACCACUUCACACCCGAGCAAUCAAAGAUGUUUGAUGAAGAUUAUGAAAAACAAAUGAAAGGAGCCAACAUACCAUUCAGGACCAACAUCUAACGGAUUUGGGGUUUUCCAAACUGAUGCAGCUCUACAAACCAAAGACGGAUGAACUCACACUCCAGCACUUACAAGGCAGAAAUACUGUCAGAAUGUUUGACAAGAGCUUAAAACCAAAACAAAUGAGUAAAAACAAAUGUGUCUCACUCACUUCUCGAGCCUGUGUUAAACACUGUAAUCACUGCACCUCCUGUAGAGGACAGUCACCCAAGUGUAUGUUUAGAGAUCAAUAAAAAUGUGCUCCACCAUAC